CGCCGCAGCCGAGCACCCGGCCCCGACCCCGGCACCAUGAGCUUCGGAUCGGAGCACUACCUGUGCUCCGCCUCCUCCUACCGCAAGGUGUUCGGGGACGGCUCGCGCCUCUCCGCGCGCCUGUCCGGGCCCGGAGGCUCGGGCAGCUUCCGUUCGCAGUCGCUGUCCCGCAGCAAUGUGGCCUCCACCGCCGCCUGCUCCUCGGCCUCGUCUCUCGGCCUGGGCCUGGCCUACCGCCGCCUGCCGGCCUCCGACGGGCUAGACCUGAGCCAAGCGGCGGCGCGCACCAACGAGUACAAGAUCAUCCGCACUAACGAGAAGGAGCAGCUGCAGGGCCUCAACGACCGCUUCGCGGUGUUCAUCGAGAAGGUGCACCAGCUGGAGACGCAGAACCGUGCGCUCGAGGCCGAGCUGGCGGCGCUGCGCCAGCGCCACGCCGAGCCGUCGCGCGUCGGCGAGCUCUUCCAGCGCGAGCUGCGCGAGCUGCGCGCGCAGCUGGAGGAGGCGAGCUCGGCGCGCGCGCAGGCCCUGCUGGAGCGCGACGGGCUGGCCGAGGAGGUGCAGCGACUGCGGGCGCGCUGCGAGGAGGAGAGCCGCGGGCGCGAAGGCGCCGAGCGCGCCCUGAAGGCGCAGCAGCGCGACGUGGACGGCGCCACUCUGGCCCGCUUGGAUCUGGAGAAGAAGGUGGAGUCGCUGCUGGACGAGCUGGCCUUCGUGCGCCAGGUGCACGACGAGGAAGUGGCCGAGCUCCUGGCCACGCUGCAGGCAUCUUCGCAAGCCGCCGCCGAGGUGGACGUGGCUGUGGCUAAACCAGACCUGACUUCAGCGCUGAGGGAGAUCCGCGCCCAGUAUGAGUCCCUGGCCGCUAAGAACCUGCAGUCAGCCGAAGAGUGGUACAAGUCCAAGUUCGCCAACCUGAACGAGCAGGCUGCGCGCAGCACCGAAGCCAUCCGAGCCAGCCGAGAGGAGAUCCACGAGUACCGGCGCCAGCUCCAGGCACGUACCAUUGAGAUAGAGGGGCUGCGCGGAGCCAAUGAGUCCCUGGAGAGGCAGAUCUUGGAACUGGAGGAGCGGCACAGUGCUGAGGUGGCCGGCUACCAGGACAGCAUUGGGCAGCUGGAGAGUGACCUGAGGAACACAAAGAGCGAGAUGGCCCGCCACCUUCGGGAAUACCAGGACUUGCUCAAUGUCAAAAUGGCCCUUGACAUUGAGAUAGCAGCUUACAGGAAACUGCUGGAAGGCGAAGAGACACGAUUUAGCAGCAGUGGAUUAAGCAUCUCAGGGCUGAAUCCGCUUCCCAACCCCAGUUAUUUGCUACCUCCUAGAAUUCUUAGUUCUACAACCUCCAAAGUCUCGGCCACUGGGCUGUCCCUGAAAAAGGAGGAGGAAGAGGAGGAGGAAGGGGCUUCUAAGGAAGUCUCUAAGAAAACAUCCCAGAUAGGGGAAAGUUUUGAAGAAACACUAGAGGAAACGGUAACAUCUACAAAGAAAACCGAAAAGUCAACUGUAGAAGAAAGCACCAUUUCAAGCCAAAAAAUGUAAUGCCAUUGCUUAAAAAAACAAAACAGUUGAUGCCUAAGAGGGAAUGCACUUGGCUUAUUCACAGCUCACUCCCAAACCACACCUUC